AUGAAAGUACUGCGGCUGCUGCCGGUGACGUUGUCCACGGCUCUUGCGUGCUUGGGUGGAGAGCACUAUCAUCUCGAGGAUUGCCACGCGAGGCGAACUGAUGUCCGAGUUGAGAGCAUCCUUUUUAUGCUCCUUGUCGCCGUCCUCUCGAGUCUAGUGGUCGUUGUCCUCUCCCGGGCUUGUGGUUUGUGGGAGAUGCGCCGCUGCCCCACCCUGGCUGUGGCGGCGCUCCCCUUUAUGUUCACGGUGGCCAUCUGCAUCGUGCUUCCCUUUCCUCUUAUUCACUCUAUUACUUUGGAUGUGCACCAUCGCGACGAUGCCAGAGAUUGCUAUCUGCUGGCGAAUUCGGAGCUGGCCUUCUCUGUGGGGGGGAUGUACAUAUAUGCGAUUACCAUGGCGUUGUCUUGGGCUUGUAUGUCGGUUGCCCUGGCUUGGCGGCAUCAGGUUCCUGCGCCAGAAAGAGCGGAACUGGGCAAUCGUGCAGUGAGAUAUCUUGCGGUCACCACCAUCUUAAACACCAUCGGAACCGGCUUCUUCGUGCGGGUCACAUGUGGCACACCCGUCCUUGCAGACCUCUUGGCGAUCAGCCCGGUAGUCCUCAACCCAUUCACGAACGUCCUCAUGAAGCGCAUCGUGCUGCGAAUGUCGGAGAUCUAUGCCGGCAGAGAGCAGACAAAGUUUAUGCGGUUGACGACAUACGCGGAGUUGUUGUCAGGCUGCUUGAUUGCCAUUAUCGCCGCUGUUUUCGUCGGGCUGUUAGAUACAUAUGGCACCAGCAGCAACUUCCCGCCCGGCACUGCUCACGCGGUGGGAAUCGCGGCCAUCUUGGCACUGACGGUCCUGCUGGUGCUUGAUGGAAUCUUUUCAUGGUCGGUCUUUACAUCUCUUCGCGCAAUCCUGCGAAGCGUGCAGAUGGUCAUGCCGACAGAAUCCAACAAAAGCAUUGUGAGCAACUCCUUGGCCGUGGCGAAAGCAAACCUUUGGCUGGUUGCACUCGCAGUCCUUGGCACUAGCAUCUUCUAUGCCAUGCUCAUUGUUCUUGUGGGUGCCGUCACCAUCUUCUACCAGCAUGAAUCCGAGCACCAGGAAAGCUAUACAGGCUACUCCGGCUAUACUGAGCCUGCCGACCCCUCACUGGUGCAAGGGAUGGUGCCCCUGAUGAUUUGGGGCUUGGACAGCAUCUUCAACGACCUCUGCGCCGUCUAUCUUGGCUGCGGUCCCACCCAGGCGGCUUUGCAGAUGGUGACGAAAGCCAGCGAGGCGGAUGCUGUGGGCGUGCCUGUGGCAGAGACCCCGGGUGUCCAGGUGCUGGGGCAGGGAGACUUGCCGAGGGCGGUGCUGCAGGAGUAUGACCAAGCUCGGGCAAACGUCCUGCAUUUCGAUUCCCAGAAGGACCGAUAUGCACUUCAGCUCAUCCACCCAGACUUCGAUGGCAAGAGGAUGCUCUGCCGAAGGGAGGCCCUGGAUUUCCACUUCGCGGCCCUGCAAGGCAACUUGGAGGCGGCCAAGGCCGAGCUGCGAAAGCGCGCCGUUGCCUUCCAGGACUGUGAUGGCUUCCUGCCGGGGCGGACGACGCCGGCUGAGCCGGCAGGCCAAGCCCCGCGACGCCUGGGAAAGGCCUUGGUGGCGCAGAGGAGCUACGAGAGUGGCUCCCUCGUCCUGGUCGACUCACCCUUCCUCGUGGUAUCGAACCCCGACGGUUUGGAGAGAUGGAUACGGCGCUGGGACUGCUACUACGAGAUAAUGAAGAUGGCACAGGCUGGCCAAAGAGAGCUCUUGGACAGCUUUGAGGCCAUGGACGACGGCGGCGAGGACGUUGUCCAGUCGCUCUGCGCUGACGCCGGGGAGACGCUGAAGCUGCUUUGGCAAGCAGCCGGCAACGUGCAGCAGGCGAACAUCCCGGAGGUGGUGAAGGAGCGGGAGAAGCUGAAGGUGGCCUGCGGCUUCGCUCGCUGGCAGACGAACCAGCACGAGUUUCCUGCAUUUCUGGGCCAGCAGCGCCGAGCGCUCUAUUGGCUGGCGCCCAAGGUCGCGCACUCCUGCGACCCCAAUGUGGGUUGGGAGGAUCCUUCGGAGGAUGGGCGCGUGGAGCUGCGGGCCCUCCGGAGGAUUGCUUCGGGAGAGGUUCUGGGCGUGAAUUACAUGAACCAGAGCUUUCUGCUACAGCCUGUGGAGGCACGUCGCUCGCAGCUUCUGAGGGAGAGGAAGUUCCACUGCGUUUGCCAGCGUUGCGUGAAGGAAUCCGAGUCGGGCAUCGAAGCGCCCAGAGGUGCUUUGGCAGCCGCUCGGGAAGAAUGUAGCGACCUGGAGGGCGGAGAUCUCGUGGCCAACGCGCAGCAAGCAGCUGCGGAAGUGAGACAUGCGCCAGAAGGUCCCGGGGUAGCGUCGCCCCUGGAAGCCGCUUUGCGGCUUCUGGCCAGCCUCCGACGCCAGAGUUUCGGGACGCAGGUCGGCGACGCCCUGCAGCAGCUUCAGAUCCCUAGGGACGUGGAGAGCAAGGAAGCACCGCUGGCGGAUCUUGUGGAGGAGCUGAAUCGUGCUCUGCACGAUGGGCAAGCACAGCAGAUGUCGCGACAAGGUGAAGAUGCCGAGGCCUUCCGUGGGCAGGCCUCCGCUCCGGAGGAGUUCGACUCCAUGGACUGA